UUCCAUUUUGAAUUCCAUGGUUUACUCUUGAGAUAACUUAGCACUUUUAUAAGAGUUGUGUUUCAGUGUUAUUAGUCUGUGUAGGAACCUGGUAUUCAUUGUUUUGACUCAGAGGGGGCAGACGAUAGAGUUUUCAUACUAGACAUUUGAUUUUUGGAAGAAAAUGGGGUGAAAAAACAUUGGGGUUUGCUUUUUCGGGAAGAAGAUUGUUCUGCGGUUAGGGCAUAAACAAAGUAAGGUGCAGCGGCUAUGGAGACUCUGUCUCCGUCGUCUUCUUCUAUUUCAGCUCGCCGGGAGUCGGUCACCUUUGAUGAGUUCUCUAUGCAGCAAAGCUUGCUCUUCACGGACAGCCUCAAGGAUUUAAAGAACUUGAGGUCACAGUUAUACUCAGCAGCAGAAUACUUUGAAUUAUCAUACAGUAAAGAUGAGCAAAAACAGAUAGUAAUGAAUACCUUGAAAGAUUAUGCUGUUAAGGCUCUUGUAAAUACUGUGGAUCACUUGGGCUCAGUAUCUUAUAAGGUCAAUGGCCUUAUUGAUGAAAAGGUCGACGAGGUGUCGGGUGCAGAACUUCGAGUAUCAUGCAUUGAACAGAGAAUUCGAACAUGCCAGGAGCACAUCGAUCGGGAAGGGCGUGCUCAACAGUCUUUAGUAAUUGCUGCUCCUAAAUUCCAUAAACGGUACAUAAUACCAGUAGAUGAACCAUUGCCUGAAUCAGGUAGGAAAGCUACAGCUGUGAAUCAAGAGCGAUUGUUCCGACCCAAGGAGGAUACGGAAUCGCAACAGUUUCGCGCUGAUUUUAGCUCCAGUCUGAGAGACAGACCUCCUUCAUUCAGAAAAAUGCGUUCACUCUCACCUUCCCCUACCAUGCGUGCUCGCUCUGCAUCGCCUCGGAAAGGGCGAUCACCAUCACCUUCCCCACGGCCUGGAAAAUGGACCACUGAUAAAAGAGCAAUCUCACCUUUGCCAACUGCAAAUCCACUUGCACGCUCUGGUUCAUUUUCAGUCAGGCCAGCUGUUCUAAACUCAUCAAAUAGUGCACGACAGCUUCCUGUGGAGGCUCAUAAAUCAGUCUCAAUGAAAUUGCAUUCUGAAAGGAAUGACAAGAAGGAGAUUGAGCGGCUUCCAAGCAAAAGCAAAAGCUUCCUAAAAACUCUGCUCAGUAGGCGCAGAUCAAGGAAGGAUGAGAUGCUGUACAGCUAUAUAGAUGAAUAUUGAAGAACAUCUUAUAUUUCAUUUAAAUUUGCUUUGCUUUAUCAUACGUUUUUUCAUUUACUCAAAUUCUCUCUACAGAAAAGGUGGCAUGUAAAGGUUA